UGAAGUUGUCAUUCAACUCAAUAAGUUUACUAGUUUACAAACAUUUUAAAACUUUUUAAAAGUAUACACACGUUUUAUGUAAAGUGAAGUUGAAUUAGUUUUACGUUUUAAAUUGAUUAUUCUAUAUUUAUAAUUUAUAAAGUAGUGUUUAGAACUGUUUUUAUGUUUUUUUAAGAAGUAUGUCAGCGGACAUCUCGCAAUUUAUACAGGAACAAAAACUGUUGAUUUUACAGGACAAGAAAAGAUUGGGACUAUUAGAUGACGAUAAUGGGAACAAUAAUCUUAAAUUAAACGACAAGGAAAAAUGUGAUAACGAUGGUACAUGGAACAAUAACUGCGAACAAUCACUGGAAGAAGAUAAAGAAAAUGUUCAGUUAAAUUCCAAUUGUGUCUUAGUACAAAACGAAAACGAAACUCUGCCAUUUGUCGAACCACUCGAUUUAACUAGUAAAAGUGAUAGUAACGACGUUAUAUUAGAAGACAGAAAACAAGCUUUUAUUAAUAAACUUGUUAGUUCUGAGAUUCCACUUACUGAUAGAUCGGAUGAUUGCGUUAAAAGUGCGAUGUUGCGUUAUGGCGAGUAUAGCCCUAACAAUCCGCAACUAAGAGUCACUGCCGCUCCUUACUUGGGUCUCGGGGAAUAUGAACAAAGGAGAAACUACUUCCUGCAGAAACAGAGGGCUGAUUAUUUGACGCAUCUUGCAAAGCAACAGAAUAAUCUAAAACAGCUAUCAAAACAAAUUUUAACUGAUACAAACGGUAGGAAAAGAUCUCCCACGUCUUUUGAGCAGGAGUUCUUAAGCUUCGAAAAGAGUGUUCAAACAGAUAUUAAGAAUAUCCAAACGCAGUUAAUUCAGUAUGACUUGCAAUAUCAAAAAACUCCAGAAAAGGAGCUGAGCCCUUAUCCCAUUAGCGAGGAUUAUUAUAAGAAAAACAAUCGAACCUUAGCGCCAUUUAGAGUAGACCAGAGGUUAACUAGUGCUCAAAAUGCCUUAUUAAAGAGUGAAAUGGACAAGCCGAAAAGUAUUCUGUCGAAUAGGAAGACCGGAAGCCCUAGAGAGAGGCUGAUGUCUGACUUGUAUAGUUCCAGUUUUACCGACGGUUUCGUUUACCGAGAAUCACGCUCCGACGAACUAGAGAGGGAGCGCCUUAAAAGGGACGCGUAUCAGCGAGAGUUGCGACUUCAGAUCGAAGAGAAAAGAAGAUUGCAACAGAUGCGAGAAGAGCAGGAAAGGCGAGAGAGGGAUUUGGAGAAUAAAAGGUUGGAGCAACAGUUGUUGCGGAUGCAAGAGGAGAGGAUGAUUGAAGACCAGUUAAGUGUUCAUAGACAGGAACAGAUGCGAAGGCACAGCGAGGAUCUGUUGCGACGAAAGCAGGAGCUCCAAUCAACCAGGUACAGUUUUCGCAAACACGCCAAUUCCGAAUGCAGUAUUCGUAAUAAUCCUACCGAUAUUUCUUCCAAAUCACUCUCGCAUUAUUCGCCGCCAGUUUCUAGACGUAACCCAUAUUCUUACAACAUUCCAUCCACAUCUGUGUUCCCGGAAUCAUCAUCAUCAUCAUCUGCAAGAUAUAAUCCAAGCCGUUUCGACUGUUACAGUCGGCGUGACACGUUGAAACGCAUGGACUCCUUGAACUCAUACGAACCUCCCACUAGACACACCACGUUCAACCGUUUCGAUUCGUUAAGUAGAAUAGAUUCAUUGGCGAAUCGCAUGGAGUCUAUGAGUCUGAGGGACGGUUACAGCGGGGAUGUACAACGUAGACAUAGUGCCACACAUCAGGACCUUAGUCUGUUGAGAAGAAGUCCGAGAUUACAAAGAAGAAGUAAUUCCAGCAGGUUUGACGAUAAUCUGCCCGUGCCGUUAUUGAAAGCGCACUCGCCCGUUGCCAAAGAAUUAAAGAAUUCUGUACCGUUCAACAGUGCGAGACAGGGUUCAGAUGCGAUUAGACGACUGGAAGAUAGGUGGCAGAUCCCCGCCGUUCAAAAAAAUAUCCUGAAUCAUACGGAGUGUCUAGGUGGCCAAAACCGAAGUAUUUUAACGCAGCUUGGUGCGAUUCGAAUGCAGCUUCAGCAAGAACAAUUACGGAUGGACGAAUCUUUGAGGAGACGAGGUAUUUCACAAUCUAAGGCUGUUGAUUUUCUUUGAAAAUAUUAAAUUUAAUAACCAAAAAAAGUUUACAUCGAGUUAAUUAAAAGUUUAUAAUAGUUAUUUUAUAUAUUGUUAGAAUUUGUCUUUAUAUUUAUAUUCAUUGAAUAGAUAGACAUGUUGAA